GUUGUUGUUUAAUAUGAGGGCUGUAAUCGCACUUCUGGCAUUUGUCGGAUACGUUCAGGCUGUUUUCUACUCGGGCGCGUUGCAAAACGAAUGGGAUAUCUAUAAAGUAAAUCACGAUAAGCGUUAUGGCAGUGAAGAUGAGGAGCUGUUGCGUAAAUUGAUCUUUUACGAUCACAAGAGGAUGAUUGACACACACAAUGAACGCUAUGCCGCUGGAAAGGAGACAUACGAGAUGGGCGUGAAUCAGUUCACAGAUAUGUUAUCAAGCGAGUUUGAAAGCGCGAUGCUGGGCAGCCUCAAUAUAACAGAUAUUGCAUCCGAUAUCGAUAUUAUAUAUGAGGCACCGAAAAAUUUGGAAAUCCCUAAAAGUAUUGACUGGCGCGAUAAGGGCGCUGUUACUGGUGUGAAGGAUCAGCUGAAAUGUGCUUCUUGCUGGGCAUUUUCAGCUGUAGGCGCUUUGGAGGGUCAGCAGUUCUUGAAGACAAACAAAUUGGUGGCACUCUCCGAACAGAAUUUGGUGGAUUGCUCGCUCGACAAUAAAGGUUGUGAUGGUGGAUGGCCAAUAUUAGCUCUAGCUUAUGUGCGUGACAAUCGUGGCAUUGAUACCGAGAGUUCCUAUAGUUAUAAGGGACAUAAAUCUGACUGUCAUUUUGAUCAGGGCCACAUUGGCGCCACAGUCAGAGAGAUAUGCUUGGCAAAACUGAACGAUGAAGCCAAUCUGGCUGCUGUCGUUGCAACCCGAGGCCCGAUUUCAGUUACCAUCAAUGUUAACAACAAAUUUUUGCAUUAUCGUAAAGGUGUGUUCAAUGAUGCCUCUUGUGGAAAAAUCACAAAUCAUGCAGCUCUGAUUGUCGGCUACGGUAAUGAUAAACGCGGCGGCGACUACUGGCUGGUGAAGAACUCCUGGGGCAAGGACUUUGGCGAAAACGGCUACAUACGCAUGUCUCGGAACAACAACAACCAGUGUGGCAUUGCAAGCCAGGCCAUUUUUCCGUUGGUCUAAAUAUGUAUUUUUGAUGUCUUAUUGGGAUUUUCUCGGGUUUUCCUUAGUCCAAGCAACAAAUGUUGGACCAUUUUGCAUUUAAUUGCUGCCAGAAAUAUACAUUUUUCAUAUAUUUUCUUCAUUUAGUUUAAUUUAGAUUUUUGUUCUUGUAUUUUUCCUGUGUCGAAUAAAAUCAAUGGGGAUAAUAAAAUAAUAAACACUUGUAGUUGUUUACAUCUGUUAAUAUUUUGAUAUAAUUGGACUCAAGCCGACCGAUAAGCUGUCAGCAGACGUGCUUUAAAUAAUCAGAAAGUCAAAUUUAUACUAAGUAACUAUACGUAAUAUGUAUGUAAUAUGAAUGUAUGAAUAUGUAAUUUAUUCUAUACCUGUGUAUCCCGACUUAAUCCGGGCAAAUGAAAAUUAAAAUAAUUAUGUAA